AUGUUUGACCCAGGCGCAGAUAGGGUCGGCCUCGAGGGCUUUGUCACCUCGGACGGCGAGGUAGUGCCGGGCCGGCUGGCGGGCCGCUCGCCGGGCACCUUUAUAUGGCGGUUGUCGCGGCAGAACGGUGGGCUAGCGCUGUCGUAUCCCGAUGGCUCGGUCCGCAUCUGCAUCGACAAGGCCUCGCCGCGCGGCUUCUCGUCGAUUGAGGACAUUGUUGCUCUCUGGCCGCACGUCUACACUGUCUCGCUUCUGGAGCUUGAGGCUGCCGAACAGGCCGGGACCGCCGGCGCGGGCGCCUUGCUGUACACUGCGCAUGGCCUGGACGCGCCCGAGUCACCGGCACACUCGCAAACGCAAGCGUCCGCCACGGCGCCCGACGACGUUUCGCGGUACAAGAUGGUACGCCAGUCGGUCGAGUCGUCGUCAUGUUUCGAUGGAAGCGCUACUCGCGAAGAGAUCGAGGCUCGGCUCGCGCAUCAUGCCGCCGGGACGUAUGUUGUCCGCUACUCGUCAUCGGUCCCGGGCGACUACACCAUCUCGCUCGCCAACUCGAACGGCACCAUCACACACUCGCGGCUCUCGUGUCUGGCCUCGGGCUUUUUACUGUAUGACGGCCACCGAUACCAGUCGCUGGCCGAGUUCCUGUCAUCCAAGACGGAGGCCGGCGUGCUCUCGCAGUCCCUGAUGACGUUGGAGCGAACCGAGGCUUCUUUUGGUUCCGGGCUAACUGCUGCAGGCCUUCACACCACGCCCACCAGGAGCGUCUGUGAGCCAGUCUUACCGCAUGUUGCCUCGCCGAUCGCCUCGCCCGUUGCCUCUCUCCGUACCUCGUUUGCCUCUGCCAUCCUGCGCGCCUCGGACGAGUCGGACGGCGGAUCGCCAGCCGCGCCCGUUCCGUCCGGUCGCAUCACCCCACCGCACGUCGCGCCGACUCCGUCAUUUAUGGCGCCGCUGCCGAACCCCGCCUCACUUCCGCCGCUCACCGUCCCGCCUGCGUCCUUUGUCGAUGUGCGCCCUGACGGCCGCCCGCUCGGCUCGCCGUCAAUCGCACCGACCGCCCAAGCACCCGCGCCGUCGAUUCCCGCCCCUGCCAAAGCCGCGGCCAAGAUGCCUGCUCCAAUCGCUGCCGACGAGGAUGCCAACCUCUGCGUUGUCUGCAUGGACAACCGCAUCGACGUCAUCCUCCUCGAAUGCGGUCACGUCUGCGCCUGCAGCGAGUGUGCCGACUCGCUCGAUGAGUGCCCUAUGUGUCGGGCCAACAUUGUGCGCGCAGUCAAGAUGUUCUUUGCACACUAACUAAACCCUCCG